AUGUCGAAGUGGAUUAAUAAGCAGAAGGUUUUUGCUUUCCCUCUUUCACCGCUCAAAGUGCCAUCCGUCAAGAGUGGCACCAUUGGGACGGACUCGGACACAUCAUUCGAGGAACUGUUCCACUUCGUCUUCAAGUGUUUCCGUUGUCUCGGUCUAACUCCGGGUGAGAUGAAGCGUGAACAAGGUCGCUAUAUCGUUCAAAACACUCGCUGGAUGAUGGUGAUCGUAGCGAUGAUGGUACUGGUCGCUUGGGCUACGCUCAUCGAAACGUUCUUCAUCGAGACGCGAUCUGCGCUAAUCACGGGAAUCGCGAAUCAUAUCCAGUUCCUCAUGAACACGAUCGCAUUAACGACGGCCUGGAUAAUGCCACAGCUGCAGCCUCGUGAAUUGGAAGCCAUCUUGGAUGGAUUCCUGACCAUUGAUCGUGAACUGUGCACCUACAAUGCAUCGUUGGUACUGCCCCCGGUGAAGGCCAAGUUUAUUAUGCAAUAUCUGUUUGUCGUGGGCGUACUGGUGAUGCUCGUAGCGUACGAUGGAUUUGUUACGUUCGGUGAUGUGCAAACGAGCCGGGUGUGGUAUUGGGUGUGCCAUCAAAUACCGUUCAUCAUUUACGCGAUGGCAAUGCUUGCUGCGUUUGUGCUGGUCAGUUGGUUGUUGGCUCGCUUCAAACAACUCAACAAACUGGUCGAGCAAUACUAUCGCGAAGGGCAACUGUGCGAUGCAAAGCCUCCUAUGUCUAUCACGUUCGCGGAAACGGUACAGAUCGAGGAUGAAACAAAGGAUGCCUCGUCGCUGGGUGAACGGGAGUACUUUUCUGAGGUUCAGAUACUGGCCAUCGUUUCUCGUGCGAUUGAUUUGGCACAAAAGAUUGAAUCCUACUUCGGGCCACUGUUUCUCACCGUCUAUACGGCGCUUUUUACGGUCACGACAAUCCAAUCGUACUACUGCUACCUUCACAUGACGGAGCAAAAGUACAGCAAGGGCCUCACGAUCGAGUCCCUUUUCCUUUCGCUUAGUAUCAUUGUGUCGAAUGUGAUCACCAUCGUUGCGCUACCGUACAUCUGUGAAAAGGUGGAAAACGAAUCCAAGCUUCUCAUGUCCUACCUUUCUAAGCUUUCGAUGAAAAAUGGUCAGAUCGCUCAGCAAUCUUUCAUCUGGUUCCCGAAUCUCAUUUCCAGUGUCCGGUUUUCGGCACUCGGAUUCUUCAACGUUAACUACAGCAUGCUAUCGGGGUUUAUUGCGGGCAUGAUCACCUAUCUGAUCAUAUUUAUCCAGUUCAACUCGAUGGUACCAGGCAAUGCUGAUGACGUCCAUUACGCACGACGACAAACGAUCAAUCCAGUACCGACUAGUGUCAUUGAGGGGGGCAAUACAAGGAUGAUGCCCAUCCCAACCUAA